UGAUGUUUUGAUUGAAUACAACAAUGCAAAGAUGUCUAGAACUACGUGUAAUCUGUUUGAUAACCUUGAUGAGCCAGGAUACUGGAGGAAAGUAUACUCCUUUUAUGAUGAAGUUCUGCGUCUGAAAGCCGAUAAAAUGAAGCCGGAGAAGAAAAAAGACCUAAUAGAGCUUGACAAGUGGUUCCAAACUGAACUGCCAGAAGUCAUAGGGUCUCGAAAGGAGAAGUUCAUAAACAAGGCAGAGCUGUGUAAAGUGAUGAAAUGGAAAUUGACACGCGGCAAGUUCCGCCCACGGUUAACACAGAUGGUAGCUGAAAACAGUGAAGAUUUGGUCAAGGAGAGCAGCAGAGAGGCAUUCAAAAAGCUUCCAGAUGUGAUAGGAGCCAUCAGCUGUCUGACUGUUCUAAAGGCUGUGGGGCCAGCAACUGCUUCAGCUGUUUUGGCGGCAGGCUGCCCUGAUGAAGUACCGUUCAUGGCUGAUGAAAGCAUGCUGGCAAUCCCUGGACUACAACCCCUCCAGUACACUCUUAGCUUCUACAGGACCUAUGUGAAAGAGGUUAGCCAGAUCAGAAAAUCUUUAAACAAAAAAGAUGAUACAAAAGAUUGGACAGCCAACAAGAUACAGUUAACCUUGUGGACCUAUCAUCUUGGUAAACAAUUAAAACCUGAACUUUUCACAGAGAAGGGCACAACAGUGAACUGUACCUCGUCAAGCAAGAGCAACACCAUAAAACCUUCAGAUACACUUACACAGGAUAAAGUCGGAGAGGAAAAGUCUAGAAAAGUCCGAAAGUCUGAAGACGAAGGAAGGCAAAGACUGCCCUUGAAGAGAAAGCGCAAAUCCUAAUACUAGGCAAUUGAACUGAUGAUACAUUUUCAGGGGGAGAUAUUUCACAAUAGCCAUGCAUUUUGUGAAGGACAACAUGUGCAAAUCUAGGGAUCAUGGUCAU